GGCGGAGGGCGCGGCAGUUGGCGUUUAAAGGCUCCGAGGCGGAAAGACGCUGAAAAGUGGCGGUAGGUCCGGCGGGUCGCUGGUAGUCCCUGGCCGCCCUUCCACCUUCUCUCCCCAGCAGCUCGGGAGCGGCCGUGCUUUCCGGCCGACGCCUUAGGAGUCCCCGAGUGAAGCAGGGAGAUGGUUUCUAGAACCGCAGAUCGGUUGCUGAUCGUCGUCUCCGUCCUGGAAGGACGCUAUUUUCCAAAACGACCCAAGCACCUGCUUAUAGUUGAGGCAAAGUUUGAUGGUGAACAGUUGGCUACAGAUCCUGUAGAGCAUAUUGAUCAACCAGAAUUUGCCACGGAAUUGGCCUGGGAGCUUGACAGGAAAGCACUUCACCAGCACAGGCUGCAGCGUACACCUAUCAAAAUCCAGUGUUUUGCACUGGAUCCUCUGUCUUCAGCUAAAGAGAAUAUAGGCUAUAUUGUACUUGAUUUAAGGGCUGUGCAGGAAAAAAAACAGGCACCAAAAUGGUAUCCUCUUCUUAGUAACAAGUACACUAAAUUUAAAUCUGAAAUACAAGUAGGUGUUAUGUUGGAGACUGAUUCAAAAGCACUGGCCAAUGAUUUUAAAGCAAAGGAGGCCCCCUGUAGAGAGGAAACGGCAUCUGUUCUUGUUUCUGGACUAGACCCCAAAAGUAUUGUACCAGUGUUGAAUGAAGAAGAGGGCUAUCAUCAAAUUGGACCAGUAGAGUAUUGCCGAGACUACUUUGUCUUGUCUGUAACAAUUGCAUUUGCCACACAGUUGGAACAGUUGGUUCCUAGUACUAUGAAGCUUCCUGAACAGCAGCCUGAAUUUUUUUUCUACUACUCAUUACUGGGAAAUGAUGUCACAAAUGAACCUUUCACUGAUUUAAUCAAACCCAACUUUGAGCCAGAAAGAGCUUCAGUUCGAAUACGUAGUAGAGCUGAUGUCCUUCAAGUCUAUCUUUGUGCACAGUCAAAGUUAGAGAUCCAUCUUUGCUGUGGGAACCAGUCUCUUGGAAGCACUGAAAUAGCCCUGUCUGAACUACUGAAGAAGGGAAAGGUGGAAAUCGAUCAACAUCCUGUGGCAAUAGAAGGAGCAUUUGUCCUUGUUCCACCAAAUAGAACUAAACAGAAACUGCCACAGUUGCCUUUGGAUAUGGCUCCUACUGUUGGGGUGUCUGUAAUUCUGCAAAGAGAGAGCUUGAGUUCACAGCCCUUGAUUUCCUUAAAUGGUCCAACUGAACGUAAGCAACCACAGGAGAAGGUCUUUUCACCUAUUAGUGGAAAAACUGAGGGCCUGCAUCAGAGAUCCCAGAAUGUCCCACCUCAAGCUGACCUCUGUCGUUCAACAGAGGAUGAGGCAACAGAAAGUGAAGUGGAAAGUCUUAAGCUUGAAAAAGACAAAAAAUUCAACAAAAAGGGGCUGGUGUCUGAUUCUUACCAAGGGGUUAACAAACAGUAUACUGAAGAGACUCCAGUUGUCAAAUCACAGAGCAGAGCAAAGUCACCUCAGUUAUCAGACCUACAAAAUUCCACUGAUAAUGAUCCAGUAGCAGCAUCUCAACCCAAUCCUGUGGGUGUAUCCAGUUCUUCUGAGCCUGUGUCAGCACAGAAAAUUGUCAUUCCACCAGCCUCUCACCAUUUUUGCUUUUCAAUAGACUUACGAAGUGUACGUGGUUUGGAAAUUGGUUUUCCAAUAAAUUGCAUUUUAAGGUACUCAUAUCCAUUUUUUGGCAGUGCAGCACCUAUUAUGACAAGCCCACCUGUAGAAGUCAGAAAGAACAUGGAAGUUUUUCUUCCACAGUCUUAUUGUGCAUUUGACUUUGCAACUCUACCUCAUCAGCUUCAAGAGACAUUGUUCAGGUUACCUUUGCUGGUUGAGUUGUGGCACAGGGACAAAACAGCUAAUGAUUUACUUCUUGGAGUGGCAAGACUUCAGCUUUCAAAUGUUUUUACAUCAGAAAAAACCCGAUUUUUGGGUGGUAAUGGUGAACAAUGCUGGCGUCAGACUUGUGAUGAAACAGUCAGUGUUGCAGCAGCACAAGGGUCAGGCAACAGAAUAGCAGAGCUUUCAUACACUGUCACUUUGGAAGACUAUGGGCUUGUGAAAAUGCAAGAAGUUCUGAUGUCAGAUUCUUCUCAAUGUGUAGAUGCUGGUCAAGAACGACAUGUCCCUCACAGUCAGCCUCAUGCCCCAGAAAACCAUCCAGAACCUCGAGAAACUCUGGAAUACAAAGCAGCACUGGAGUUAGAAAUGUGGAAGGAAAUGCAAGAGGACAUUUUUGAAAAUCAGCUUAAAAAGAAGGAAAUGGCCCAUAUGCAAACACUUGCAGAAGAAUGGAAGAAAAGAGAUAGAGAGAGGGAAGCAUUAGUGAAGAAAAAGGUAGUAGAAUAUACUGUUUUGGAAGAACAACUUCAGAAAACUCUGAGAGAUCUAGAUAAGCGAGAACGACAGCUUUAUAGCGCUGAAUCAGAGCUUCAAAGAGUAAAGAAGGAGUUGCAAGCAGAGCAUGAACGAAAUCUGCAGGAGCUACAGGAUUCUGUGCGUCGAGCCAGAGAAGAAUGUGCACACCAGCUUGAACUAGAAAGGUCAAAAAUCAAACAACUGGAAAACGAUAAGCUCCGCUUACAGCAGCGGCUUUCUGAAGCGGAGAAAAAGCAUAAAAGUUUGGAGAAGGAAUUCCAGCAAUACAAAGAACAGCAAAAUAACAAACCAGAAAUCCAGCUACAGUCAGAAAUAAAUCUUCUGACUUUAGAAAAGGUUGAGCUUGAAAGAAAAUUAGAGUCAGCUACCAAGUCAAAGCUGCACUACAAACAACAAUGGACAAGAGCUUUGAAAGAACUUGCAAGGUUAAAGCAGCGUGAACAGGAAAACGCAAUGGCUCACCUUAAAAAGCAGCAACAAGAGCUGGAGCACAUGAGGUUGCGCUAUUUGGCAGCAGAAGAAAAAGAGCUGGGGAAAACAGAUCGACAGGAGCUGGAGGAUAUCAGAAAUGACCUUAACAGGCUAAAGCAACAGGAAGAAAAGAGAAAGCAAUUGCAAGAUGUAAGAGGUAAUUCUGCUGGUAGGGUGGAUAGUCUUCAUUCUAGAAAAUUAAAUGAGAACAUGGAUGAUUAUCUUUCUCGUCUGAUAGAAGAGAGGGAUACCCUAUUGAGAACAGGUGUAUAUAAUCAUGAAGACCACAUUGUAAGUGAACUUGAUCGCCAAAUCAGAGAAGCUAUUGCAAAAAGGAAAAAUCACUAAAUAAAAGCAAAAUUGCUAAGAAGAGCCAAAAUUUGAAUAGUGAAUGGUUUAUUUUAUGAAGCUGUACUACUUUGCAAAAUAUAUAAAGUCAUGCUUAGUUUUGCACACUCUCAUUAGUUAUUUUUGAAGUCAAUGUAAGUAUUUGCAACAUGUGAGGUUAUGCACAGUUGUGAAUUUUGCAGGGACAAUGGCUUGGUUUUAAUGUAUUUAUAUUAAUAUAUAUGUAAAUAUAUUUGUCUUGUGUACUUCUGAAGUGUUUUCUACCUCUUUUUGCAUACCACUGUCUAGGUUUAUUUCUAAUAUUUUUAAUAUUCAUUGUAAGAUAUUUUGGUCAAACCUUGUUGUAAUUUCAAUUUCUUAAAAGAUUUCUUCAGCUAUAGCAGGGAGAAGUGUAUCAGCUAUUUCCCCUUACAGAACUCUUAAUUCUGAACCAAAGUGCAGCCCUGACAAAAUGUCACUUUUUAACAAAAUCACAAGGCAAUCAAUUUUCACUUCUCUGACUGUAACAUAACUAAAUUCUGUACUAAAUAUAAGACAAAGGGGGGGGGGUGCAGGGAGACAUCUCUCAAACGUUAUAAAAGAUGAAUGGAAUCAAUUACUAAUAACUAAUCUGAUUGUACAGGAUGAAAAUACCUCUGCCUAAGCAGAUUGCACACAGGCCUGUAAGGGUGAACCCAGGAGAGUAAAAACCUGUUUAGAAAUACACAUGCAUUCUUACUUCCAUCCCUAAUGAGGAAAGAUACUUUAAACACCGGUUCAGUUAAUUUAUUAUUUAUAAGUUCUGAACACAUACACAAACCAAGAGCUUUCAAGAUGUUUUCCUUAAGACCUAACCACUCUGCUGUUUCUUAACAUAUAUUUGAAAGCAUGUUAUGUCAUUACCACUGAAAUUGUACGUAAGAUUUUGUUUGUUUGAACAAAGUGUUAAAUACCAGAAGAGAAAUACACAAUAAAUGUUAGUAUGCAGAGAAUUACAGUUCAAAAA